AUGCUUAAGCCUAGCCCCGCAGUUGUUGAUGCUCUAGCAGCGUUGGAGGGGGAAGGAGAGGAGAAGAGAGGGAGAAGAGGAGAGAAGGAGCAGUGGAGGCUGGCUGGUGAAGAGCUGGUGAAUCCAGUGAGUAACGGAGUUAUAGUGGCGGCUGUUGGGGUGACGGGCUCAGAUGGCUCGUUGCCUGCAGGAGGGGAUGAUCCUGCUGCGGCGAAUGAUGCUGCUGCUGCUGCUGCUGCUGCUGCUGCUACCACUGCUGUUGCUGCUGCUGCUGGUAGCAGUGGUGGAAAUCUGACGAAUGGGGAGAAGGAGGAGGAGGGUGGUGGGCCGGCGGGAGCAGCAGCAGGAGGGGUGUCGCAGGCGUGGCUUGGGUUGAUGGAUGCACAGGUUGAUGUGAUGAGCGUGUCCCGCCCGCUCUCCUCGCACCCCUUCCUGCACACCACCUUCACCCCCAGUGACUACUCCACUGAGUUCUACAUCAUUCGGCACGGGGAGGCAGCGCACAACGUUUCAUCGCUCAUCGGGGGUCGUUCCCAUGACGCCCCGCUCACAGCGCUGGGGCAGCAGCAGGCGAAGCUGCUGGGGGCCUACCUGCGGGACUAUGCGGGGCUGCGCUUUGAUGCCAUCUUCUCCUCGCCCAUUGAGCGCUCCAAGCAGACGGCUCUCAUCGUCUGUGAGGAGAUAGGGGAGGCGGAGAGCCGCAUUCAGUACUCGGACGAGCUGCAGGAGCUGUCGCAGGGGUCAUGGGAGCGGCAGCCGCGGCGGAGCAUCUACCAGCAGGGCGUGCUGGAGCAGAUGACUGCCGCGCAGCCUGACUUCCGCGCCCCUGGGGGGGAGUCCCAGCGCCAGCCGCGGCGGACCAUCUACCAGCAGGGCGUGCUGGAGCAGAUGACUGCCGCGCAGCCUGACUUCCGCGCCCCUGGAGGGGAGUCCCAGCGCCAGCCGCGGCGGGCCAUCUACCAGCAGGGCGUGCUGGAGCAGAUGACUGGCAGGCUGAGGGAGGGGAAAGGAGGGGGCAGGGAGUGGGAAGGAAGUGGGACGGGAUGGGGAGAGAAGCAGGGGGUCGGGUGCUGUGUGCCUGCCUGUGUGUCUGUGUCUGUGGAGUUCCGCAUGGUGGGGUUCAUCAACAGUGUGCUCUUCGCCCGCCAGGCCAGCACCUCAUCUCCUGAAUCGACUCAACGGUCCUCCCUCCCCUCCCCGUCCCCCCUCUUCCCACCUCUCCCCACCAGUCACCUCCCAGGUGGAGUUCCGCAUGGUGGAGUUCAUCAACAGCGUUCCCAAUAA